CCAACACUGUUCAGCCUUCUCCUCCUGCCAGUCCCCUCUGCCACUCUCAUUCUACAAAACUGCUGCUAAGACGCCUGUGGGACCCGCCCAGUCCCACCUUACUGCUGACAACUCAACACUGGACAUGCCCAUCUAGGAAACGGAAAGGACCUCAGAAGUCUUCUAAGGAAAGUCAUGGCGUAUAACCAGGAGGCUUUAGCAGAGACCAACAUCAUCAAAUUCAAGGACCAGGACUUUAACUCCUUGCGGGAUCACUGCCUAAGCAGAGGCCAGCUGUUUAAGGAUAAGACAUUCCCUGCUGAGGCUUCUUCCAUAGGCCAGAAGCUGCUCCAGGGAAAAAGACUCUCCGGCCUGGAGUGGAAACGGCCACAGGAUUUGUCAAGGGGCCCUCCACACUUCAUCCUGGAAGGUGCAAGCAAAUUUGACAUCCAACAAGGAAGGGCAGGAGACUGCUGGUUCCUGGCAGCACUGGGCUCCUUGACUCAGAACCCACAGCGUCUGCAGAAGAUCCUGAUGGGCCAGAGCUUUGCACACCAGUAUGCAGGGAUUUUUCGUUUCUGGUUUUGGCAGUGUGGCCAGUGGGUGGAAGUGGUGGUUGAUGACCGCCUGCCCGUCGUGGACAAUGCCUGCCUCUUUGUACAUCCUCGAAAAGACAACCAGGAAUUCUGGCCCUGCCUGCUAGAGAAAGCCUAUGCCAAGCUGCGGGGAUCCUAUUCCCACCUGCACUAUGGCUACCUCCCAGACGCCCUGGUGGACCUCACGGGGGGCGUGGUCAGCAGCAUCGCCCUGCACUCCUCCCCAUCCCAGCUGCUGACAGUGGUGAGGACAGCAGCCACGGAAGGCUCCCUGAUGACCUGUGCCACCCCCAGUGGGCCCACAGAUGAGGCAGAGGUGAUGGUGAAUGGGCUGGUGACUCAGCACGCCUACACCGUGACCAGGGCUGAGCAGAUUCAGUACAGAAGGGGCUGGGAAGAAAUUAUCUGCCUGUGGAACCCCUGGGGCAACACCGAAUGGAGAGGGCGCUGGAGUGACAGGUCUCGGGAGUGGCAGGAAACCAGUGACCCAUGGAAAAGCCAGCUCCAUAAGAACAAGGAAGAUGGCGAGUUUUGGAUGUCAUGUCAAGAUUUCCAAGAGAACUUCUCCUGCCUGUUUAUAUGUGCCCAAAUUCCAAUCACCCUGGACCGUGGAAACAACGUGCUCCAUGAAAGAUGGUCCUCAAUGAUGUUUAGAAACCAAGUCAUCCGAGGAAACAAUGUAGGAGGACCUCAGAGUGAUGCUCAUUACCCCUUCUCUGUGCAAGAGCACACUGAAGGCACCAAUGUUGUCGUGUCUUUCACGGUGGCUGGCAUGCCAUCAGGUGAGAAAGCAGAAGAUGAGAAAUUCCCACUGAACUUCCAGGUGUUCAAGGUUGACUUCCAGUUCCAGCGGUUCGGGGAGAGACUGCCGUCCACAUUCUUUUCCCCAUUCAGAAAUGCCGCCCAGGGCAUAAAUUGUAAAACCAAGUGCAACUUCACAAAAUCCUUCCACCUGAGCCCCGGGAACUAUGUCGUGGUCCCCUCAGCACGGAGAGGUGCAGCUGAGUUCUUGCUCCGAAUCUUCCUGAAAACGCCUGAUGGUGACAGGAGCCUGAGCAGCAAUUUCAGCCUGAAAGCACUACAGGAAAGCCUUGCAGAACCUGGUUCCCAGGAAAGCAUUUUCUACAGAUACGCUCAGCAGAGGGCGGACAUUGAUGCCACCCAGCUUCAGAGCCUUCUCAACCAGGAACUCCUGACAGGAUCCCUGGGGGACACAUUCUCCUUGGACGAGUGCCGCAGCAUUGUGGCUCUGAUGGACCUGCAAGUGAAUGGGCGGCUCAACCAGGAGGAGUUCACACGACUGUGGAGGCGCCUCGUCCGCUGCCAGCAUGUUUUCCAGAACAUCCAGAAGAGCCCCGGAGUUCUCCUGAGCUCAGACCUGUGGAAGGCUGUAGAGAACACAGACUUUCUUGCAGGGAUCUCCAUCAGCACUGAGCUGCUGGACCUCGUGACCCUCCGGUACAGCAACAGCGCUGGCAGGGUCAGCUUUCCCAGCCUGGUGUGCCUCCUGAUGCGGCUAGAAGCCAUGGCAAAGACUUUCCAUAACCUCUCUAAGGAUGGAAAAGGACUCUACCUGACAGAGAUGGAGUGGAUGACCCUGGUCAUGUACAACUGAGGCAAGACGUAGAGCUGACCCCACAGUUCAGAGAAAUUUUUUUGGAGAUUCCUGGCUAGACUUUGGAUUCAACACUGAUAUCACGGGGCAGAUGAGACUGUCAGAAGUUUGAACCAGACUCUCCUGUGCAGGUUGAGCUGAGAGGUGGGAGUCUGGAUGUGCCUCUGGAGAUGCCCAUACUCCCAGCACCCCUGCCAAACAUGUCCCUGGCGGUUACCAGGUGCCUUAACUUGCCAGGGUGUCCAGGCUUCUGGAGCUGGCUCUGGAAGAGAAAUGGUUCCAGCUAGGGAAUUGACAUGGAAACUCCAACAGCACAAAUGAAGGAGGAGGAAGAGUAGGAAUCCAGGGAAGAGAAGACCCAACACUCUAUAAGCAAAAAAGUCCGAGAACCAGAGCUGCAGCGAAAGAAGAGAGUGAGCAACUCCAAGGGGAGCAGGAGGAGUGACCUUUAGGAAAAACGGAACCCGUAGUUUAUCAGAUUGCUUAAUUAUAGGAAAAGGAGUGUUUAUAGAGGUUUGGAAAUUCUACUGGGGAGACUUAGAAGAGUUAUUAGGAUAAUCACUGAGACUAAGCAGACAAAAAAAAAAUGAGGUAAUUAUUAACUUCUAGGAGAAUAGAGAGUUAUAGAAGAAAGGAAAUGUGAUCCUAGAGUAUUUCUCCAUUCAGCAGGGAACAGCACACAUGUAAGUGUAAUAAAAUAAAAACUGAAUAUCGAUUUAACAAAAAAAUGAUAUACUACAUUAGAAGAAUGAAGAGAAAGAAGAUAGAGGCAUGCAAGCAGGUUUAGAGCACCCAGCCCCGUGCUCCGUUAUAAGAAGCCAAUAAGCAUUUAAAAUGGACAAGUCAAGGAAUGACUGCCUAAGCAUAUUGUUUAGAAA